AUGACGCGAAUAACGAACAAAUUAACGUACGAUAACAAAAUUAUUUUGGCCCCCAUGGUGCGCGUUGGUACUCUACCCAUGAGAUUAUUGGCUCUGGAUUAUGGUGCAGAUAUCGUUUAUAGCGAAGAAUUAAUCGACUGGAAAUUUUUAAAAUCAGUGAGAAGAGAAAACGACGUUCUAGGUACAAUUGACUACUUAGACAAGUCGGAUGGUUCCGUCGUUUUUCGAACUUGUAAAAGAGAAAAAGAUAAAGUAGUAAUACAAUUAGGAACUUGUGAUCCAGAAAGAGCUUUAAAAGUAGCAAAAAUGAUUGAACAAGAUGUGGCCGGAAUUGAUAUAAAUAUGGGUUGUCCAAAGGAAUUUUCUUUAAAAGGGGGUAUGGGGGCAGCUUUGCUAAAACAGCCUGAAAAAGCUAAAUCAAUUUUAAACGCACUUACUCAAAAUGUAAAUGUACCGAUAACUUGCAAAAUUCGUGUAUUUGAGGAUGUGGAGGAAACUCUGACUUUAGUCAAAGAAUUAGUGUCUACGGGAAUUGCAGCCAUCGCCAUCCACGGUCGAACUAAAGCUGAAAGACCCCAACAUCAGAAUAGAAAUGAAACUAUCAAAAAAAUUGCCGAGAAUAUUGCCAUCCCUAUCAUCGCAAAUGGUGGUUCCCGAGAAAUCGAGAAGUAUCAAGAUAUUGUAAAAUUCAAACACCAGUGUGGCUGUUCCAGCGUUAUGAUUGCAAGAGCCGCUGAAGGAAACUGCUCAAUAUUUCGUCCUCAGGGGUUGUUAGAUUUAGAAAAUGUUAUUAUAGAUUAUCUAAAAUAUGCUGUAGAUUAUGACAACUCGCCUAGCAACACCAAAUACUGUAUACAAAAUAUGCUAAAAGAACUGCAAGAAACACCUAGAGGCAAAAGAUUUUUAGAAUGUCAAACUCUAGAACAAAUAUGUGCAAUUUGGGACAUGGGUGACUACUGCCGAAAAAAACAACUGAAAUUUCACUCACAAGGAAUUCUCAGUCGACGAGAAGUCACCCCAGACAUGUUUAGCCCCAAAGCAAAAAAAGUAAAGACUGAAUUAGACGAAGACGUUAUUGAAAUGAAGUGUGCCUUUAUAAGAGUUAAUUAUCCAGAGGAUCCAGACUUGCCUAAAUCUAAAAUAAUAGCAUACUGUGGCAAACAGAAACUUGAUUUGCCUGUUUACAAGACUAUUAACGAAGAUAAAUUGUUUCGAGCUGUAGCAACAUUCCAGGGCAAGAAGUACAGUUCUUCAUAUUGGGAGAAGAAUAAGAGAUUUGCCGAACAAGGAGCUGCUUUAGUUUUAGCUUGUUGCUUAGGUUUAGUUAGUAAAGAAGAUUUAAUUAAAGACGGGAGUAUAUUAGAAUAAGUGAAAAUGUUGCUAUAUUUUCGUUACUUUAUAUGAAAUAAACUGUUUUUACUCACCA